AUGGAUUCUCCGUCAAAGUUACAAUCGGUUAGUUUCGAGUUCCCCGAGGACUCCAUGGAUGGUAAGACUUCUAAACAGAGAGAAGAGAAAGAACCCAAGAACUUAACGCAGUCGAAAGCAGCUUGGAGGAUGGAAGCCCGAUGUAAAAUGCUCGCCGCAUUGGUUGUAUUUGUGGCAUUUAUCGUUCAUUUGAUCAGAAUUCUUACUAAAGGCUCUGAUACCUGUUCACUGAUGUUUAAUGAUGGGUGGUGGAGAGGGGACAUGUGGCAGCCUUAUGGAUGUAUGAUGCACAGAUAUGUACCAAGUGAAGCACGGACUUGUCUUCAGAACCAUCCUGUGGCAUUUGUUGGCGACUCCAGGAUUCGUGGGUUGUAUUAUAAGCUUGUGAAUAUACUUGAUCCCGAAAAAAAAUUACAUGCAGUCAAGCACCAUGACUUGCACUACAAAGAUGGAAAUACCACCCUGGAUUUCUACUGGAGACCUUAUGUAGACCAGUCUGUGAAAAAGAUGUAUGAUAAAUGGAUUGAGUCAAGCAGAAGAAGGCCACAUCUGAUCAUCACCGGCAUGGCAACAUGGACAAUAAAGAAUCUGGGGAUUAAUCGUGCUGCUGAAUAUCAAAAGAAUCUCACGUUAUUAAAGGAAUCAAUAGAAGUUUUAUCAAAAUUGAAUGAAAGUCCAAAGAAAGUAAAGCUGCCUGGUACUAAGCUGUCACCAUUUCCAACAUCUCCUACUACUAUAUGGACUCUUCAAGCACCAACUGUCUUUUCAAAACUUAGUAAAGCAAGGAAAUCCCUUACAAUUUCAAGCAUAACAAAAUUGAAUGAUAUUGCUUCAAAUGUUUUUUUUAACUCAUCUGUCAAAGUGCUGCAGUCAAUAGCUCUUGCUGCGAAGGCACGACCAAAGUCUACUGAUGAUGGUGUACACUAUAACUCCCCUGUGAUAGAUGUGGAGCUUGACUUCUUAUUAAACUUUUACUGCAACCGCUACAUGCAAGUGAAUGAUGCUUCCUGCUGUCUUCCAACACCACGAAUUACCCAACUUCAAUACAACACUUUUGCAGUCUUUGUCACGUGUUUUGUGUUAUUUAUUAUCAUGUUUGUCUGUCGCCGAAUGUGGCCCCCCUCAGAGCAAGACGGCACAGCUGGCGUAGAGGCGACCACGCCCGGCGGGCACGAGAGCUACUCGCUACACUGGGUGUACUCAGAGUCUAUGUAUCCUGUUAUGCGGUACAUGGCGAAGCUCGGCAUUAUUAUGCUUUACUUCUACUUGUGCGACAGGACAAACCUAUUCUUCAAGGAGCAAAAGCAGUAUAGUAACACAGCAUUUUUCUUAUCUAUGCUUGGCUUUCUAGUACUUGGAGCGUACACCUGGACGCCUCACGACGAGAUCAGCUCGUUGAAUAGAGAUCAAACUGAUGAGUGGAAGGGAUGGAUGCAACUAGUCAUUUUACUGUACCACUAUAUAGGAGCUAGUCAGACACUUCCCAUCUACGUGUUUAUCCGUCUUCUCGUCGCGUCGUAUCUUUUUAUGUCUGGCUACGGCCAUUUCCUCUUCUUCUGGACCAAAGGGGACUACAGCUUGUUCAGGUUCUGCCAGGUGAUGACUCGCAUGAACCUCUUCACGGUAGUCCUGUGUCUCGUCAUGGGCCGGCCGUACCAGUUCUACUACUUUGUGCCUCUCAUCAGCUUCUGGUUUGUCGUGAUCUACGCCACCAUGGUUUUCUUCCCUCGAGUAUCAGCCUCGUCUGUACGAGAGGAUCCCAAGCAGUACAUCUUUAUCUGGCUCAAGUUUUUCGUUCUUUUUGGUACAAUCUACAUUCUAUGGAGUUCUCCUAUCUUGUUCGACUGGGUGUUUUCCCAGUGGGCCGUGAAGCAGCUGUUUAUAGAUGAGAAUGACAGUGUGCGUGAGUGGCGCUUCCGGUCAUGGCUAGACAGAUAUAUUGUCCUUUAUGGGAUGGUGUUUGGGUUCGCCUACCACACAGCCAAGCACUUCAAGAUAUUUGACGACACACUCAGAAAAGGUCUCUUUAAAAGCCUCCACUCUAAGGUUACUAUGGUGAUGUCAGUCGUGGCACUUGCGGUAUACGGUAUCCAGGCCUUUACUUGUAGUAACAAGCCCUCUUGUAACGCAACACACUCGGUUGCGUCCUGUAUACCGAUCACUGCGUAUAUUUUACUGCGCAAUGUGCCGGGCUCGAUGCGCUCGAGAUUCAGUCGUUUCUACGCAUGGGUAGGAAGCAUAUCCCUAGAGCUCUUCAUCGGCCAAUACCAUAUAUGGCUAGCCCAAGACACUCGCGGGGUCCUGGUGCUGAUUCCUGGUUACCCCGCUCUUAAUGCAAUUCUGACGUCAUUCGUUUUUGUGUGCGUGUGUCACGAGGUGAACAAGGUGACGUCGGCGCUUUCGAGGGAGCUCGUCUCCAAGGACCUGAAGACCAUGUUACGGAGGCUCGUCGUGUUUGUCAUUAUGCUUAUUGUGAUUUGGUGGCACAAGACGCACCAUGCCCUCAGACCAAGAAUGGAUUAACCGCAGCCCAGCUCCAGGCCUUCAGCCUUGGCCGCGAGGGGCUUGGUACAGAUGACGUUACACGCAUGCCCUCAGACCAAGAAUGGAUUAACCGCAGCCCAGCUCCAGGCCUUUAGCCUUGGCCGCGAAGGCCUUGGUACAGAUGACGUCACACGCUUCAUGCCCUCAGACCAAGAAUGGAUUAACCGCAGCCCAGCUGCAGGCCUUCAGCCUUGGCCGCGAAGGGCUUGGUACAGCUGACGUCUUACGCAUCAUGCCCCCAGACAAAGGAUGGAUUAAUCAUAGCCCAGCUCCAGGCCUUCAGCCUUGGCCGCGAGGGGCUUGGUACAGAUGACGUUACACGCAUGCCCCCAGACCAAGGAUGGAUUAACCAUAGCCCAGCUCCAGGCCUUCAGCUUUGGCCGCGAGGAGCUUGGUACAGAUGACGUAACAAA